UAUUCUUCUGCACCUUAGAGAUAUCUCAAACCCCGAGCAAGUUGCUGAGGAGAGUCCAGAGGCGUGACGCUGCUCCAGGCACGAGAUCGCUAUGGAUAACGGCACUGAAAUUGCCGAACAAUCGGUACCAAGCCUUUCGCAGACCGACCUCACGACCCCCGUGGAGAGUACUCAGGAGUCCCAGAAAGCGAUCUCUAAAAGCGCUUUGAAAAAAGCUGCAAAGGCGGAGCGAUUCGCUGCCAACAAGCUAGAGCGUCGCGCUCGCGAAAAGGAGGCCAAGAAAGAGAAGAAACGCAGUCAAGCAGCAAAACGCGCCGCGGGGGAGCUGGACGAUGGCAAUGCGGAAGAAAGCAAUAGGCGAAAAAAGAAGGCCAGAGUCCAGUUCGGUGGCAGAGUCGUCGUUGACCUUGGAUUCGAUGACAUGAUGAGCGAAAAGGAGAUAAAGUCCCUCUGUUCACAACUGGCCUACACCUACAGUGCCAACCGCCAGGCAUCGUUUCCGUUUUCACUGGUUUUCACGUCCCUCAAUGGACGUACCUUCGACCGGCUCGAAGCCAUAGGUGAAGCUAGUUAUAAACGCUGGGAAAAUGCCGAUUGGUGGCAGGAGGGUUAUGACCGACUUUGGCUAGAGCAGCCUGACGUUGUCCACUCUGUCGAGAAAGCCAUAGAAUACACCAGCACUUCCUCAAGCACCUCCGAGGUCGAAAGGCCUACAGCUGAAUCCCAAGACCAUGCGCCAGUCGGCGGAAGUGGUGGAUCGAUGGACGUUGAUACCCGACAACAGGUUGUUUACCUCACAGCGGACUCCGAGGACGAAUUAACCGAGCUGAAAGCUGAUGAGACGUAUAUCAUCGGUGGAAUAUGUGAUCACAACCGGUACAAAAAUCUUUGCCUCAAUAAAGCAAACGAAUCCGGCGUUCGAAUUGCUCGCCUCCCUAUUGGGCGGUACUUGUCAUCGCUUCCCACCCGUAAGGUUCUGACCGUCAACCAAGUUUUUGAAAUCCUAGUGAAGUGGGUGGAGACUAGGGACUGGGAGGAAGCAUUCUACGCCGUUAUACCACAACGGAAAUUUCAUGCUGGAGGGAAAAAAAGCGUCGCGACUUCAGAAGCAAUUCCUCCCAUCACUGAGGCAGAAGGUACCUUCGUUGCUGAAGGCAACGAGCAGAAAACAAGGGCGGUUGAAAAAGAACAUUGAACACCCUGACCUUGGUGCACAAGGUCAUACUCAACCCAAGGUGGUGGUCAUUCAGCAGAUAGAGAGUGGGAAAUGGUACUAUUUUCACUGCAGUUAUCUAAAUCCCAAUUACUUUGCGACU